AUGGGUGAGACAGAAGAUGAGCGUACGGCUCAGGCCAGCCAGCUCUUUGAGAACUUCGUCCAGACAUCCACAUGUAAGGGGACUCUGCAGGCCUUCAGCAUCCUCUGCCGGCAGCUGGAACUGGACCCUCUGGAUUACAGCAACUUCUACAGCUCACUGAAGGCUGCAGUCUGUUCCUGGAAGGGCCAGGCUCUGUGGACCAAACUGGACAAAAAGGCACAGCACAAGGUGUACAGCCAGAAUAAAGCCUGCCAGGGCACAAGGUGUCUGAUCAUCGGUGGGGGUCCUUGCGGUCUGCGGACAGCCAUUGAGCUGACCCUGCUGGGCUGCAAGGUGGUGGUGAUCGAGAAGAGAGACACCUUCUCCAGGAACAAUGUGCUCCACCUAUGGCCCUUCACCAUCCACGACCUCAGAGGUCUCGGGGCCAAGAAGUUCUACGGGAAGUUCUGCGCUGGCGCCAUCGACCACAUAAGUAUCCGUCAGCUCCAGCUGAUGCUGCUGAAAGUCUGUCUGAUUCUGGGCGUGGAGAUUCACGUCAACGUGGAGUUCGUCAAACUUCUGGAGCCACCUGAAGAGCAGACUGACAACAGUCCCGGGUGGCGAGCAGAGGUGCGGCCCAGCAGCCACCCAGUGUCCAACUUCGACUUUGACGUGGUGAUCGGAGCUGACGGACGCAAAAACACGUUAGACGGUUUUGCCCGCAAGGAGUUUCGCGGCAAACUGGCCAUCGCUAUCACCGCUAACUUUGUCAACAGGAACACCACAGCCGAGGCCAAAGUGGAGGAAAUCAGUGGUGUGGCGUUCAUCUUUAACCAGAAGUUCUUUUUGGAACUUAAAGAGGACACAGGAAUUGACUUGGAGAACAUAGUUUACUACAAAGACAACACCCACUACUUCGUCAUGACGGCGAAGAAGCAGAGUCUGCUGGACAAAGGCGUCAUUAUACAUGACUACAUAGAAACAGAGCGUCUGCUAAGCAUAGACAAUGUCAACCAGGAAGCGUUGCUGUCCUACGCCCGUGAAGCAGCUGACUUCGGCACAAACUACCAGCUGCCAUCACUGGACUACGCCAUCAACCACUACGGGCAGCCGGACGUGGCCAUGUUUGACUUCACCAGCAUGUACGCGUCAGAGAAUGCCGCCUUGAUCAGGGAGAAACACGGUCAUCAGCUAGUGGUCGCACUGGUGGGAGAUAGUCUGCUUGAGCCCUUCUGGCCGAUGGGUACAGGUUGUGCUCGGGGCUUUCUGGCAGCCUUCGACACAGCUUGGAUGGUGAGGGGCUGGGUACAGGGCAGGAACCCCCUGGAGGUACUGGCCGAGAGGGAGAGUAUCUACCGGCUGCUGCCUCAGACCACCACAGAGAACAUCAGUAAAAACUUUGAACAGUACACCGUUGACCCCGCAACCCGCUACCCCAACCUCAACUCCAGCUGUGUACGCCCCCACCAGGUGCGUCACCUGUUCAUCGACGGCAAACAAGGCUCAUGUCUCCGGGAACGAGGAGGCCCCACAGGUAGAUCAGUCAACCUGUCCAGAAGAGAGUCCGAGGUGCGUCCGAACCGGCUGCUGAUCUGGUGUCAGAAGCAGACUGAGGGCUACCGAGGAGUCAACAUCACCAACCUCACGUCUUCCUGGAGGAACGGCCUGGCACUCUGCGCUCUCAUACACCGCCAGAGACCUGAGCUCAUUGACUUUGACACCCUCAAUGAGGAGGAUGUGGCGGCAAACAACCAGUUGGCGUUUGACGUGGCUGAGCGACAGCUCGGCAUCCAGCCAGUAACCACAGGAAAGGAGAUGGCUGCGGAGGCAGAACCAGACAAGCUGCUGAUGGUCCUCUACCUCUCCAGAUUCUACGAGGCCUUCAGGAACUCACCAUUAAACAACAAUGGUUCAAAAGCACAAGAUGAGAAUAAUGAAGAAUAUCCGGCUAAAUCCAACCAUGCCCUUCCUCAGCCCAGGAAGAGGAUACCCAGGGAUGACAAGAAACUGGAAGAUGACUCCGUUAACAAGAGACGACGAAAGGGCAACCACUACCUCACAGAGUUAUCCUGUCACAGUGCACCCCCUGCAGGUGAGGAGGGAGAGCUGCGGGAGAAUAAGGUUCGCUCCAUGGCAACUCAGCUGCUGGCCAAAUUUGAGGAGAACUCCUCGACAGCAAACACACACAGCAAGGUGAGAGACUCAUCCGAUCCGUCAUUUUCUCCUCCUCUGUCUCCUGCCUCCACCCCCCUUCUUCUCUCAGAUGAGGAAGAAGAGGAGGAGGAAGAGGAGGAGGAUGAAAACCCUCGCUUUGCAAAGCCCAAGUAUAUCCCCCCUCCUCCUCCUCGGCCUCCACCUCGCCCCAAGUGGCAGCCUUCCGUUUACCUCCGCUUACUGGAGAAUCCUUCUUCUGUGGCUCAGCAAAGCACUCUCCUCUACUCCCCCAAACCCUCUUACGCUCAGAGCAGCUACAGUCGCUCUCCUUCACCUUCCUACUCUAAGAGCCCGUUACGCUCCCCAAGCCCAGAUGUUACUGAACAGCACUACCCAGAACGCACCACUCCCGACCUGAUAACCAGUCACUUCUCUUGUCCUGCUCCUUCUCUGUCGGGUAUCGAUCGUCCCUCCAAGAGGUCGGAGGAAGGGAUGCAGCAGAGUAAAGCCCAGAAAGUGUCUACUAGAGAAUUUACUAAGAGGAGCAUAAAAGAACGAGCUGUCCUCCUCUCCUCCUUGUUUCCUGGGUCCAAAAAACCUCCUUCUACUCCUCUUUCUCCUGUCUCUGAAGCACAGAGCUCAACCGUCUACCCGAUGGUCCACCCUGUCCCUGACCCUGCUGCCCAGUCUGGUUUCUCCUCUGUCCCCUUUCAUACUGCUGGAUACAAGAACAAGAAACACUCGUCUCCUCCUUCAUCUUAUACAGACUCUGGCAAACCAGAGGAAAUUGCUCUGCGUGUAGAUUCCUCCACAUGCAACAAAAGCUCUAUUCAUCUGUCUUUAUCUUACUGUGAUGAGAGCCAGGAGAUCACAUCUCUACUUUCUGAAAUUAACUGUGAAAAUGGACACGACAGCUCUUCUCCCCCCCCAGUUUCUGCGAUGCAGGAGGAAAAGUGUGCAAGGACAGGUUACAGUUCUCAAGACAGUCUUGAAAACGAAAAAGACAAGGUCCAUAAAACUGCUCAGGAGAUGCUUGACGACAACAACAAAUACGAUGAAAAUGGUGACACAAAGUACAAUGGGAGCAUGUCUCUUGAGAACCCCAGAAGAAUCACUAAAAAGUCAGUUGUUCGAUCUGAGAGUUGUCCGGCUGGAGCUCCGAGUUACAUUAAAGAGCGUACAGUUGGGAAGGUAUCAUCAACCAUAGAUGCUAGAGCUCAGAAACUGGCCAUCCUGUAUGAGACAGACCACAGGCCCAGUGCCACACCGUCUGUGAUGCGUAAGGCCUUCCCUCCCGGACUUGGUGGCAGCGAUACCUGCCACUUCUGCUCCAAGCGGGUAUAUGUGAUGGAGAGACUGAGCGCUGAGGGCUUCUUCUUCCACCGCGAGUGUUUCCGCUGUGACGUCUGUAACUGCACCCUGCGUCUCGGUGGGCACACCUUUGACUCACAGGAGGCAAAGUUCUACUGCAGGAUGCAUUAUGCGCAGCGCCAAUCCAGCACUCACCUGGGCAGGUUCAGGGGGAGAAUGGGUGACCAAAGCCGUGGAGCGCCCUCGUCGGUGGACGGUGGGAGCUUCUCUGCGACAGGCAGCGUGCAGAUACAACCCGCAGGUGGAGCAUCCAGCUUGCAUUCAGAUCAGCUUGAUAAAGAUCAGACAAGCAAUCCUGAAGACACAGAGAUGGCCGUGGACGCUCUGGAUGCUUCCUGCAUUGUGAAACCCACAGCACAAGAUGCCACAGGGGCCAAUGGCCAUAACCAGGACAGUACCAAAGAUCACAGUAACGCCAAACAGAAUCAUCGCUGGAAACGGAAGAUUAGAGCGACGUUCCCGUUGAUCUUCAUCAAGCCCUUCCAGAGAAGCUGGACACUGAACAAAGAGGGACCAGAGACUGUCCCUGAAGCUGACUCAGACUUUGAGGAGAUCACUUCAGCAGAGAAGCAAAACAGUUGCAAGACUCCUGCGGUAACCCAGAAUCCUUCAGAGGGAAAUGAGAAGAAAGAGAGCUCAUCCACCCCAAAGAAACGCUUGAUGUUAUCUCUUUCUGAGAAAGAGAAGCUUCUGAACUGGGACAUGCAGGCCACACCAGAGGAAACUCCGAGUAACACAGGCACCAAAACCAAACAUCAACAAAAAGACCAGGUACAAGCAGAGACAGAGGCAGAUAAGCCUCAGACAGACUCGGGCCAAGACGGAGAACCACCUCAGAGCCAAACCUCGGCCUCGUCCCCCUCAGCCUUCCAGCUUAUAGCCAACGCCUUCAGGAGGACAUUUAGCAUGUCCAAUCCCUCCAGCAGCUCCAGCACAGCAGUCACAAUGAGGACCAAAGGUGAUGGCCCCCGCAAACAGAGGCCCAUGUCAGAAGGAACAUUCAACUUCAGUUCCUUCCUCAACGCCAGAGCUACAGAGGAGAAGGCCGGAAUGCGUCAAGCUCGGUUGGCGUCUCUAGGAGCAGAUCCGUGGGGGGCCGGGCGAGACCUUCCUUCUCUGCUGCAGCAGGUGUCCCUUAAGAACCGUAGAGAUUCUGAUGGGGCCUUCUCUGACAACAAGGCCUCGCUGUCCCGCAGGAGGGUCGACCUGUUCUCCUCCCUGAGACUAAGGAAGAGGGAGGCAUCAGAGAGUGAGGGAAAGGACGAGGAGGCUCAAAAGGAAAUCAAGACAAUCCUCACCAACCUCAGAAACAAAGCCUCCAGUCAACAGAAUCUGGAAGAUGCGUCCUCUAGUGAUGAUGAAAAUGAAAACACAGCAUCUAAUCACUUGUAUUCAGAGAGACAGAGGAUUAAGCAGGAGAAGACAGUGGCUCAGCAGGCUAAAAGAGACCAGCUAAAGAGGCUUCACAGAGCUCAGACGAUCCAGAGGCAACUGGAGGAGGUCGGAGAGAAACAGAGAGAUCUGGAGGAGAGAGGAGUGGCCAUAGAAAAGAUCAUAAGAGGAGAGACAGAGUCUCAGACCGAUGACGGUGACGAGGCUCAGCUUUAUCAGACCUGGUUUAAACUUGUUCUGGAGAAGAACCGAUUAGCACGCUACGAGUCCGAACUCAUGAUCUUUGCUCAGGAGCUUGAACUAGAGGACACUCAAAGCCGACUACAGCAAGAUUUGAGACGCAGAAUGGCGAUAGAAGAUACAAAUAAGAGCGCCUCUGAGCUGCAGGAGGAGCAGGAGAUACUGUCCGAGAUCAUGAGGACGGUGGAGAACCGAGACAUAUUGGUGUCUAUCCUUGACGAGCAGAGGCUGAGGGAGAGGGCUGAGGACAGGGACCUGGAGAGCCUCGUGCUGUCCAAAGGCUACGAGUUCCACUGGGCCCAGGAGGAGGACAGCUGUGGGCAGGAGAAGCUGGAGGAAGGGCUUGAAUGCUGA